UUAGACGAAGGUGGUGUGAACGUCUAGGUUCUCUUUACGACGUCCGUGCGGCAAGCACAGCGCGACGUUUAGCGGUCGAAAAUAAGGUGGCAGCGUAACGAGAGGAAUGUUUCUGUCAGGAGGUUCCACAACGCGGUCCAUUGUUUCCACCGAUAAAUGUUAUCGGCACACGCUAUCACUUUCAACUCUGCCACUACCUUUCCCAAGCUGUGUGCAGAUCCGGCCAUGGCGUCUGCUAGGUGACGCCCACCGGCUUCUUCCCAGGAUAUAUCAGAAUAGUGCUGGUCACGUGUAAGGUGCAUAAAUUCUCUUUGCCGUAUCGGACCCCCAUACGCGUACCCUCUUACGAGGCUGCUACGGUUUUGCAGCCGGAGGGUUUUCGCCUACGAUGGUGCCUGAUCGAGGACCGUCGCUUCUAACAAUGUCGUCGUUUCACACCCCACGUGUCUUAGCACUGUCGCUGGCUCUGCUUUUUCCUUUCAUCUCAGUCGCUGCUGCCGACACUUGCACUUUCGAGAAAGGCAUCUGCCCUCAGUGGGUGUCGACGAACUGCAGCCGAGAGGCAUGCUUCGAGGCUCGCAAGGUGGCCUCUAUAAAACUCGGACCAACCUAUGACCACACUCUCAAAACUGCGGACGGCUGGAGCGCUUACGCGUCGAAAGGAACAUCAAAACUUGGGCUUCCGGAUGCUAAACUGUCCCGAAAAGUUCAGGGACCUUUCUGCUUCACUGCCUGGUACCACCAGUCAGGCACGCAAGCUAGAAAGGCCUCAUUCAUCCGGGAUCACAAAAUGGCACCACGGAAAUUAUUUUACUCCACUCAGCCGGACAUGGCCGGCCGCUGGCAGAGAGUGCGGUACUCAGAGAAGAUCGCCGAGGAGUUCGAGAUCAUCAUCCGCUACAAAGUGACAGGGCUAGAGGAGAGAGGAGUGUUCGCUCUGGACGAUUUGAGCUUGGAAAAGGGGGAAUGCACUGAGCCAGCGGAUGGUUCAUGUGACUUUGACUGGGGUAACACCUGCGGCUACAACCUCGCAGACAACAGCAGCCGUUGGCAGCUCCUUCAAGAGCAACGCCGAGACAAAUUUUAUUCAGAGGAUUACAACACAGGCACGGAGCUAGGUGGCUUGCUCUACCUGGGAAUAAAGGGCAACAACGGAAGUGGUGUGAUAACGUCGCCAAAGCUGAAUGGUAGCGGUGAAACCCAGUGUCUUGAUUUUCAUUAUUACUUUCCUGGGUGGUACGAACACUCGGAGACGGAAUACCGCCUAGAUGUGGCUAUACAAGAAGGCUCGGAAAUGAAAAAAUUCUGGACGUGGCCUUCGCGCGAGCUGAUGAAGGGAUCAUGGACUGCGGCUGGCAUCUCAUUCAUGCAAGCAAACGAGUUCACGGUGAAGCUCCAGUGUACUAUAAGAGGACGCAGCAUCGCCAGGGCAUUCUGCGUUAUAGAUUCCAUCAGGCUUCGGGAAUGCCAAGGCAAGCGAGCUGAGGAUGAUGGCCUCUGCAACUUCGAGGAUGGCUGGUGUACCUGGAAAAACCGCGGUAUUCACGACAACGACCCACGUUGGCUGUUGGGUGGCGGUAACAUGAAAACCACUCUGGCAACGCCAGCCAACGACCACACAUUCGGGAACACCACAGGAUCAUACGUGUUCUUCAGUAACUUCGAGCAGAGAGCGGGAAGAAAGGCACAGCUUAUCAGCAAGAUUCUUUCCUGGAGCAACAGGAUAACGCAAUGCGCAGAGUUUUGGUACAUCAUCUCUGGAGAAAAGGGGACGGAACUCAAGGUCCUGACUCGCAACCCGUCUGACACGACGCGCAAUCAUCUUCCUCUGUGGACGCAGAACAGCGGCACGUCCUCAGAAUGGCAGCAAGGCCGCAUCGCUGUGCCCCACGGAAAUCAGGUGGUGUUCCAGGCAACAGUCAGUCCUCCCCCGACACCAGCGUUCGUUGCCCUCGACGAUAUCUCCAUUGUGCACCACGAUCGGUGCGAAACCCUUCCGAAAGGCAGUGAAGCCUUGUCUGCAACGGAGCUUCUCAGCUGCGAUUUCAACGACUGGAACUUGUGCCGCUGGUCGUCUGCGGUUGCAUCGAGGAAAGCUUGGACGUUCGGAGUCGACCCAUUUUCUGCCGUGGGCCCUACCUCGGAUCCGGAUAGUGAGAAAGGCGACGCAGUCUCCGUCACAGGGGCAGCUCUGGCAAGUCUUCAAGGGACUGUGACGCUUCAGUCGCCCAAUGUGGGACCCCAGUCGGAACUGGCCUGCUUCUCGGUGUGGUACCACAUGUUCGCCAGCCGGGGCGCGCGGCUCACGGUGACAUUGGAAAAAUCACCCUCGCCGGGAGGUGCGAAAAAACGCUUGCGGCUCCUUUCCCGACGAGGCCGAACCACAAGCGACCGUUGGUACAACGUGCGGAGGACAGUGAGUCUGGACGGCGUCAAUAACAAGAUGGAAAUCGCCGUUCAAAAUGCGCCCUCUUUGCGUAAAGACGGCUUGGUGGCUCUAGGACCACUUAAGUUAACCAUGGGGAAAUGCGACGUUCUUACUGACGGGCUAGGUUACUGUGACUUUGAGUUCGACACGUGCGGGUGGACAGCUGACCCCGCAUGGAAGAGAACGUUGUCCAAAGAAUCAGUUUAUGGCACGGAUGCGUUCUCGGGACCAUCAGGUUCUGUGUAUGCCAUAGUAGUCACAGCAUUCCACGCACCACGUGACGGUGCCUUGCUCACUAGUCCAGAGUGGUCAGGGCAAAGCCAGCCUCAGUGCCUCGAGUUCUGGUACGGGUACGGAGGAAGAACUGCCCCAAGUUUACAGGUGGAAGUAAAAGCGAAUGGAAAGAGUGAAGUUGUGUGGCAAAUGCCGCUGUACUUUACAAAGCACCUGAUGCUGGCACGAGUACAGAUCGUGCAAGAGAAAAAAUUCCAGGUGGUAUUCCGCGCAAAGUUUGGGACCGACGCGACUCAAUAUGUGGACUUGGACGACGUCGUCCUGCGACCAGAGCCCUGCGUCCAUCCAGUUGACUGCAACUUCAAUGACGGCGUCUGCGGCUACAUGAACGACUUCGUGGAAAACUUUCGCUGGCUCGUAGGAACGGGUCGGUAUGAGCAGCCUGGAUUACAGCCACUCGUGCCUCGUGCAAGGGAUUCACCUCCAUUCGCCUACCUUGACUUGACCGCGGGCAAGUCAGACCCCGAGGGUCCAAGUGUACACAGGCUCAGGGCGGGUUACGAUACCGUGCGGCUACUUAGCCCUCUGUUCGACGCUUCAAACGACAACACCCAGCUGUCCGUUACGUACUACAGGCGAGGACCAGAUAUAACCACGGCCAAUGUCUCCGUGUCCUGCUACGGAAAAGCCUCCGACAAGGCGCAGACCGAGUUGCAGUCCACUGUCGAAAUGCCCGAAGUGUCCCAGUGGACAACGCUGAACGUGACAGUGAAACGGGGUGCUAGCUGUCAGCUGGAGGUAAAGGUUACUCGGGGCCAAGACACCAACGGCACCAUGGCCAUCGCGUCGGUACAAGCCACAGUCUCGGAAACAGCUAUCGAGCGAAACGAGACAUCGGAUUCUCCCACUCACUGCACAUUCGAAGAUGGCACAAUGUGCGGCUGGAACGAGGAUGUUUUGUCGAAGCAAUGGUUGCUCAACGAUCCUUCCAACAAGCUUCCCGAGUUUCCGCGAUCCGACCACACCCUCAAAGCUUACAAAGGACGUUUCGUAUAUGUGAAGUACGAUGUUGACUACGACUUUGGGUCUCCUGUAUUUAAAAGUCCUGAAUUAGACGUUAACGCAACUGAAGGGGCCUGCCUCAGCUUCUGGCUGUUUGCCGUCCAUUCAAAGCACGUCAGCUUCACCGUGUGGUCAGGGAUUGAUCGGCUAUAUGUUGCCACCGCUCCCUCAAGCCACCAAUGGGAACACGUGCGGGUGAACUUCAAGAGGCCCGAGGGGAAAUUCAAGCUAUGGAUUGUAUUCUUUAUUAAGCAAGCCCUAGUGGCGCUGGAUGACAUAGAAGUAACUCAAGGAUAUUGUCCACAAAGAGACUUUUGCUCUUGGGAGCCAGGCUCUUCGUGCCCUGUGGCCCACGCUCCGGGCCGUUUUGCUACCUGGAGGCUCCGCAAUGGCUCGGAUAUAGGCUUUCUCGACCACACUCUGAAGAACCUGACAGGACAUUACCUGUACCUGAACACAACUGCAGUGGACUCUCACCAUCCAGUGUCCAGGGUGUUCAUGUGGUCGCGUCCGCCCACUGAAGCAACAUGUGUUACUUUCUGGUUUAGCGGCCAUGGAGCCCUGGGCCGUCUGAACGUGUACAGAUUCACGAAGGAGACUGUGCUACGGGACCCCCUGGUUUCUGUGUCUACGCCACUGACAGACGGCAGAUGGAUAGCGCGACGGGUGACCAUCGCAUCUAGAAAUAAGUGGAACCUCGUCUUUGAAGGCGUCGCUACCCCAGGAGCGACCAGGGCUUCCGGAAUUAUGUUAGACGACAUUGAGUUUCGUGAUGGGGAAUGCCCACCUUACGAAUACUGCACGUUCGAAGACGAAUGCCUGCCUUGGUUCGUUAAAACAAGUGGACCAGGCAAUGGGUCCACCUUUGAAGUGGAGCGGGCGGGAUCCUUCGACAAGCUGCCUCAAGAUCACACGACGCAGACCGAGGACGGCUACUAUCUUCUAUUCAAGUCCCAGGGCACCAAGGGAAAAAGGACGUCGUUGGCGUUGCGAGAGCCCCUGCUUUACGAAUGUGGAUCAUUAUGGUACUUUCUGCCCAAACUGUCAGAUGGGGUAGCGCUCUAUGUCGACGAUGAACAAAUACCCAACGGGACCAAUGUCUGGAAGCGUUACCAGUGGCGGGACGCAGCGACGUGGUACUUUACCAUUACUGCUGUUUCUGGAACGAAUGAAGAUGGCUUCGUUGCCAUUGACGAUGUGCUGAUCAGCGAGCAAUGUAAUCAAAUGACACGGUCGACACAGAGGUUUGAUUGUGGCAACCAGACUGUGACGAUAGAGCGCGUGUGUGACUUCGUGAUCGACUGCGCCAACGGCGACGACGAGCGGAACUGUGGGGACUGCGACUUCAGCGACGGCCUGUGCGGCUGGGUGGCCGACAGCCCUCUGAACCGUGGACCGACGGCAUGGCGUCGCAAGUCGGUAGGCGAAGUCGACAACUCGCCGCUCACCAAAGCAAACGCUAAGCGGAAUGGAUUUUACCUGCUGCUUCAUUCAAAUGCAACGAGGCCCACUCGAAGAACUACGCGUGCAGGCAUCAAUUCUCCAGUUAUUAGGAACACCGACAAAUUAUGCACGCUCACGUUUUGGUACAACUACAUUUUGAAUGGAACACGUAUGGACAUCGACCUGAUGAUGAGGGCUGGCGGGUAUGGUUUGCCAGUCUGGACUCUUAGUGCGCUGAGUGAGACCCCUGAAGAAGGAACCUGGAAUUUCGGAGCGGUCGAAAUAGGCCGCUAUCCAUCAGAAAUCAGCUUUUACUUCUCCGGGGUUCACUUUGUACCAGGGCGCUCUAUGUUCGCUGUGGACGACAUCCAGUACAGGGACUGUGCAUUGCCAGCUAAACAAGAAAACUGCGCAGACCUCCAAUUUCGCUGUGCAAACGGCGCUUGCGUGAUGAGCUACGAACGCUGCAACUACGUGGACGACUGCGGAGACAACAGUGACGAGCAGAAUUGCGGUGACCACCGACUGAGCUGCAACUUCGACACCUCCUUCUGCGACUGGGUGCCCCAGGCGCCGACGGACAAAACGAAAAAAACAUGGAGGUUGACACGUCCAUCGCCGUUCCUGUUGCACUCACCGACGAGAGACCACACAACGGGAACGCCAGAUGGGAAGUUCUUCAUGGUCGGAUCGCGUACAACGAUAAAUGCAACCAUCAUAGGUCCGACACUUGACAACUCGACAUUUUGCGCCGUUACGUUUUUCUACGCUAUGCAAGGAAAAAGCGAGCCAUCGCUCAAACUCGUAUUUCGCACAACGAAAGACGGACCAUGGAAGACUGUGUGGACUGCGCGAAAGCCGAGUGAUUUCUUUCACUUUACUGGCAUCAGCACAGCGUUCCCAAGCAGUGCUCCUUACCAGGUGGCGUUCAUAGGAGAACACAGGAUACGUGACAAGCAAGGUUACAUCGCUAUUGACGACGUCCAUUUUUGGGAGAGCUGCAAGACGUACUUCAAACGUUUACCAGCGACCCCUGUACCAACAACGCCACCAUUUACAUGCGGUGAAAAGGAAUUCCAAUGCACCGGUAUCAAAGAAUGCAUUGCAAAGUCGAAAGUGUGCGAUUUCAAGGAGGACUGUUCCAACGGAGCCGACGAAUCUCGAUGCGGGUCUUGCUCGUUUACAACGGACUUGUGCGGCCUGGAGAAUGAGGACUCGGGCGCGCGCUUCGGUUGGAACUGGACCAAAGCGGAAGAUGGCAAGAAGAAACAAGGCUUCCCGUCCACAGACAGUCGAUCAAAUGUGCAAGGAGCCUAUGCAGCGUAUUCGCUGCUUAACCCAGAAGUUCCACAAGCACAAAUGAAGGGUUUGGCUACGCCUAAGCUGGGACAAAUCGCCCACUCCUGCAUGGUUACAUUCUAUGCUUACCUUCCAAAUAGACCCAUAGCAUUGCUAAUGUUCGGGGUGCGUCCACCUCCGGGGAAGAACAACCAGCAACGUUCCUUGAAGCUUCUCGGCGCCGUUAGAGGAACGCAAGGGAAAGGUCAAUGGAGAAAGAUGUACGCAAAAGUCGGAAAUUGGGAUGCUGGAGCCAAGUUCGUGUACAUGGCUAACAUUCCUGGCGUGAGUAUUGACCGCCCAAGUUAUGACAUGUGCCAUCCAGACGCCCAAAGUGAAGGAAGGGAAGCUGCCGAGAAGGUAAGCUGCACAUUCUCCAAUCCCACCAACUGCGGCUGGUUCCCCGAGAACCAGGUCGCUGAUACCAAGUGGGUUCUCUACACUGGAGGUUCCUGGUAUCCUGGGCUUCGAUGGCAGCCCCCCUACCGUGAUUCACAGAAAGGAGCCUAUAUGUACGCUCGGAACACACUUUCCGGCGUAAGACUUGCCCACCUGGUUUCCGUCCAGAUGAGCCCUACUCCAGACACUGGCCGCUGUUUCACGUUUUGGUACAACAUGUGGCACCCAAACACUGGCUACCUGAACCUUAUACAGCGUGUGGGUAAUGCAUCCUACAGCCUGCUAUGGACUCGCCGGGGACCUCAGGGCAAGGAGUGGAGGCAAGGUCAAGUGCAACUGCACUCAGACGAGCCUCAUCAGCUUGUCUUUGAAGCCAUGCUCAUGCCAGGAAACCCCGGCAUGAUCGCCAUUGACAACUUCGUCCUCAACGACACCCGUUGCAACAGCGGCGAAUCUCGAGUGUGCAACUUUGAGUCGGACUCGUGCGGAUGGCAGUUGCACAACUGGGAACGUACAAGUGGACUCAGCAGCAUGUUGCCUUUAGUUGAUCAGUCCACUAUGUCACCCUCAGGAAGAUACGCCCUGGCGAAGGCCCCCGGCGGCCGCAUGGUGAGCCCUCAAAGCUGGUACGAUGCCAGUCAACAGAAGUGCCUCCGCUUCUGGUACUUCCUCGCUGGCUCCCGCUCAGAAUCGCUGAAUGUCACCCGACUGCUCAACGAAGGCCAAGAGGAGUCACUCUGGUUUGGUACUACAGUCAAUGGCAGAAGUCGAAACUGGUAUCAAGCCUCUGUUAACCUGGCCGUUUAUGACGAAACACCUACGAUCGUCUUCGAUGCAACGACCUCUGGUGACCCGGCGACAGCUGUAGCCGUAGACGACAUCACACUGGGAAAUGUGCCUUGUCCCUCCCCCGGAAGCUGCUCCUUCGAAGAGGAUAUGUGUAACUGGUUCAAUAACAAGGAUCUGGCCUACGCACGAUGGUAUCGGCACCGUGGUGCUACAGUUUCCAAUUCGACUGGUGUGCAGAAUGACCACACGUUGGGCACAACUGACGGCUACUAUCUCCUGCUCGACGCAGCUGACUUGGCAAGGACUUCAACUGGUAACCUGAAGAGUGAGAAUCUACCUCUGGGUCCAUCGGCGUGUUUCAAGCUUUACUAUUUUAUGAAAAAAGAUUCUGGAGCAUCGUUGACUGUUUCAUUCUUCGGUGACACUGGCCCCCCACGGACAGUGCAAGCCACUAAGCCAAGUCAGUGGACCCUUCUCUCCAUUGAACGCUCCGACCUUCCUCAAGUCUUCUCGGUUGUAAUCACUGGCCGGACUGCUGGUGGUCGUAGUGACGUCGCCAUUGAUGACAUCGACGUGCGCCGCGGCAAAUGCGAAGGGACACCGCUUACCACAACAUCUCCAGCACCCGAAACAACGCCUUCUGUUGAAAUUACGACACCAGUAGUUACGCAGCCGGUGUCUACGCCGCAGCAAACUACUUCAACAGAGCCAGCUCUUCUGACUACAGGAGUGGUAACUCCGGAACCAAUCACUAGUGAAUCUCCAGCCCCUCCACAGCCGAAGCCUGCCUUGGUAUGCAGUCGCAGCGAGUUCAAUUGCAGAGACGGUAGCACUUGCAUUCCGGCGGCACUGCUAUGUGAUGGCGUUAACGACUGUCCGAAUGGGCUCGACGAAAAGUGCGGAAGCUUCAUGCCAUGCAAGGAAAACGAAUUCUUCUGUGCUACUCGCUCUCCCAGCGCUUGCCUUCCGCGCUCUCUGCUCUGUGAUGGUCACGAGGACUGCGCUGGAGGCUCCGAUGAGUCUUUAUGCCGUGCGUGCCCACCUUACUUGUGCCUGAACGGUGCCAUAUGCGGAUGGACACCACAAGCACCAAGCCCUACCUGUGACUGUCGUCAUGGAUACGAAGGCCGUCGCUGUAAUUUGUUGGCCAGCAGCGUACCAGAAGCAGACAAUUUGACAGGAAAAGGUUCUGGAUCUGCUGCCGGCAUUGUUACAGGCAUAAUUGUUGUUUUGGCUAUCAUUCUUAUAGCCGCAGUAGCCACAUUCAUUUUUAUCCGCGGACGGCGCAAGGCACAGAACUCACCAGUCUUUCUCGACAAUCCUUCAUACGAUGCUUCAACUGAUGAAACAAGGAUCUUCAACUGACGGGCCAAGUUGCUGCAAGAGUACUGUGACGUGAUAAGCUCAUGGAACAUGAACACACUGUACAAAGCGAAGAGUUGACCUCUAUUUAUAUCGUUUAUAUGUUAUGUUGUUUAUAUGUUCGCACCCAAACAUACUCAUCAGCAGGAAGAAUAGAGAAGCCGGAGUAAUGCUGUCAACAUGUUACCUUCUUGCGCAAGUUCACUCGACGACAAGCUGCAAGGAAUAAAUUAUGUUUGUUUAUGGCAAUAAAAUAAAAGACGUAAAGUA